AUGGCCUCCUCGGCAAUACCAGCAGCUGAUCUCCGAUCGUUUACUGAGUACUUGAAAGGGUGUAAACGUAUACUGGCACUCUUAGGGGCUGGUAUAUCUGCAUCUUCUGGACUCCCCACAUUUCGCGGGGCCGGUGGUCUUUGGCGAGCUUAUGAGGCGACCGAUUUGGCGACCCCUGAGGCCUUCGAGGCCAACCCGGACCUAGUAUGGCAGUUUUACAGCUACCGAAGACACAUGGCACUCAAAGCGAAGCCUAAUCGCGCGCACUACGCGCUUGCAGAGCUUGCAAGGAGGAAUAAGGAUUUCAUUACUCUCACACAGAAUGUUGAUGGUCUUUCACAACGCGCAGACCAUCCCUCGGAACAGCUCCACCUCCUCCACGGGUCUCUUUUCACGGUCAAAUGUACCUCGUUCUACUGCAACUAUAUGCGCGAGAAUGACUUUACCGAUCCGAUAGUCCCCGCGCUUGCCAUACCGAAAGGCGUCCCGGACUUGAGUCCAUCUGCUGAAGAUAAGACCGGCGAGGAGGCCUCAAAGGCGCUAUCCAACGCAUUAAAGAUGGAAGAGGAAACGGAACUGGACAUAUCAGACGAGAACAUCCCGCUCCCUACUUUGAGUCGGGAUGUCCUGCCACAUUGUCCAGAAUGUAAAGAAGGGCUUUUGCGGCCCGGGGUGGUCUGGUUUGGAGAAAGUUUGCCCUUGCACACACUCGAAGUGGUGGACAAUUGGAUAAAUUCUGGUCCCGGCGUGGAUCUGAUCUUGGUGAUUGGAACAAGUUCAAGAGUCUACCCAGCUGCAGGCUAUGUUGAUAAGGCGCGUGCGAGAGGGGCCCGAGUUGCAGUGGUCAAUAUGGAUCGCAAUGAUGUUGGAUAUUCUGGCUUGAAAAAGGGUGAUUGGUUCUUCCAAGGAGACGCGGGUGUUAUAGUCCCGGAGAUAUUGAAGGGUGUUAUUGGAGAUAUUUAG